AUGUCAGGAAGCGCUGGCUAUGACCGGCACAUUACUAUCUUCUCGGAUCAGGGCCGGUUAUAUCAAGUUGAAUAUGCCUUCAAAGCCAUUACCGCAGCGAAUAUUACCUCGGUAGGAGUACGCGGGAAGAAUUGUGCUGUUGUUCUGUCGCAGAAGAAAGUACCCGACAAGCUGAUCGAUCCUUCCUCCGUCUCUCAUGUCUUCAAAAUAUCGCCCUCCGUCGGAUGCGUUAUGACGGGGUCAAUAGCGGAUGCCAGGGCCUCAGUCGACCGAGCAAGAGGAGAAGCAGCUGAAUUCAGAUACAAAAAUGGGUACGAGAUGCCGUGUGACGUCCUGGCGAAACGAUUGGCGAACAUCAACCAAGUCUACACCCAACGUGCAUACAUGCGACCGCUCGGCGUAGCGACUACCUUGAUCUCAGUCGACGAAGAGUUUGGCCCCCAACUCUACAAGUGCGAUCCGGCCGGUUACUAUGUCGGCUACAAGGCCACAGCAUCAGGACCCAAGCAGCAAGAGGCGCUCAAUCAUCUGGAAAAGAAAUUGAAGAACAAGGAGUAUGCACCGGGCAGCUGGGAGGAAGUUGUGGAACUGGGUAUCAGCACUCUCAGCACCGUUCUCAGCGUCGAUUUCAAGAAGGGCGAAUUAGAGAUCGGAAUCGUGGGCGGGCCCAAGGCUGAUGGAAGCGAAGGCGUGGAUAGGGAGUUCAGGACGCUGACGGAAGAUGAAAUUGAGGACCGUCUUCAAGCCAUCGCAGAGCGGGAUUGA